AUGCCAUCAUCUUCAUCACCAUCACUCCCUAGACCUCGUUCCUCACCUUCUCUGUAUCCUUCUUAUCCUCAGUCCAAUGGCAAAAUCAAUGGCAGAUCCAAAAGAGGUAGCUUAUCCUUUACUCCAUUAUCCCUUGCACCCAUGACGACGUCAGCCUCGACCGAAAGAAGCUCGACUUCAUCAAUGGAUUUGGACCCUUGUCAACCUCCAAUCAUGGUAGCUUUAGCAGGUUGGCCUGAGCCCAUAUACGUUUCUUCCGCAUCAGCUUUCGCUUCAUCUUCAGCUUUUGGGGAUGCAAGUAGAUCAAACUCGAUGGGAUUUGAACCUUUAUCAGGUCAAGUAUAUGAUGGUAUCGGUAUACCUUCAAUCAAACCUCAAUAUCAACAAAUAUCUCAAUCAUCAUUACCGCCACAUAUGAGCAACAAACCUAAAUCAAGACCUACUUCUCCACCUCCACUCAAUGGCAGAUCAACAACACAUAACAACACAGAUAAAACGGAUGUCGCUCUCAAUAUGAGGACCAAAGUACGAAAACCAAAUCCUAUUCCAAACGUGGUACCAAAACCAGUUUCAGCACCUAAUUUAUCAAUAUUCGCGUCGGUUUGUCCACAUUUGUCGGAUCCUUCUUUGGGUCCUUGUCCAUUCAAAUCACAUCCACACGAUGUAAGGAACAUGUUCCCUCCCACAUCCCAUUUGAGUAGAUCACCUCCUACUGCAAGUGCUAGUACUAUCACCAACGCAUCAAGUUCUCCUACCGACUCAAACCCCCCUCUAUCCUCACCUGAGAGUUCCAUUGGAAGUCCACCUUUAGGAACAGAUUCGAAUGGGGAAAGAAAAAAUCCAGAAGGCUUAACCAACUAUUUCCCCGUACCAGGUGCAGGUGCACCUAAGCCUAGACUGACAACGAGAGCGUCCAACCCCAAAUCGUCUUUCACUUCAACGUCAUCAUCAGCCGCAUCGUCGAUGAAUGCAGCAUUCGUAAAUGGGGACGGAAAGCGAAAAGGCUCAUUCAAUGAUCCCAGGUAUGGACCAACCGCAGGUAUAUUUCACAAAGGUAGAGCAUUACCCGUGGUACCAAGCUGGGAUACCGCACCAUCCUAUCCAUCGGAAAACAAAGGGAAGGGAAAGGAUAGAAGUCAAGGUUCUUUAACUGGCUUGACCUCCAAGUAUGAUGACAACGACGAUGAGACGAUAAUCGACGAGGAAGAAGAGUCUAGUCAAGGGAAUAUCGGAAUUAAGAUGGAAGUAGAAUAG